GUACGUCAGCUGUUACCAUGUCCUCCCCUGUCCCUCAGGACACCGGCCUGUACUACCACCGGUACCUCCAGGAGGUCAUCAAUGUUCUAGAGACAGACGGGCACUUCCGGGAGAAGCUGCAAGCUGCCAACGCUGAGGACAUUAAGAGUGGAAAGCUGAGUCGAGAGCUGGACUUCGUCAGCCACCAUGUCCGCACCAAGCUGGAUGAGCUCAAGCGGCAGGAGGUAUCAAGGCUGCGGAUGCUGCUCAAGGCCAAGAUGGACGCAAAGCAGGAGCCCAACUUGCAAGUGGACCACCUGAGCCUCCUGAAGCAGUUUGAGCAUCUGGACCCUCAGAACCAGCACACAUUUGAGGCGCGGGACCUGGAGCUGCUGAUCCAGACGGCCACCCGAGACCUCGCACAGUAUGAUGCUGCGCAUCAUGAAGAGUUCAAACGAUAUGAGAUGCUCAAGGAACACGAGAGAAGACGGUACCUGGAGUCUCUGGGCGAGGAGCAGCGGAAGGAAGCCGAACGGAAGCUACAGGAGCAGCAGCGCAGACACCAGGAACACCCCAAAGUCAAUGUCCCCGGCAGCCAAGCCCAGCUGAAGGAGGUGUGGGAGGAGCUGGAUGGAUUGGACCCCAACAGGUUCAACCCUAAGACCUUCUUCAUACUGCAUGACGUCAACAGCGAUGGUGUCCUGGAUGAGCAAGAACUGGAAGCUCUCUUUACCAAAGAGGUGAGUAAGGUAUACGACCCAAAGAACGAGGAGGAUGACAUGAGAGAGAUGGAGGAAGAACGGCUUCGUAUGCGGGAGCACGUGAUGAAGAAUGUGGACACCAACCAGGACCGCCUUGUGACCCUAGAGGAAUUCCUAGCAUCCACACAGAGGAAGGAGUAUGGCGACACUGCGGAAGGAUGGAAGACAGUGGAGAUGUCCCCAGCUUACACAGAGGAGGAACUGAGGCAUUUUGAGGAGGAGCUUGCUGCCCGGGAAGCUGAGCUGAAUGCCAAGGCUCAGCGCCUGAGCCAGGAGACAGAGGCGCUGGGGCGUUCCCAGGACCGCCUGGAGGCUCAGAAGAGAGAGCUGCAGCAGGCUGUUCUACAAAUGGAGCAGAGGAAGCUGCAGGAGCAGAACGCCCCGCCCCCGCAGCCUGAUGGGCAGCUGCAGUUCCGCGCAGACGCAGAUGAUGUUCCCGUCCCAGCUCCAGCAGGUGACCAGAAAGAUGUACCUGUUUCUGAAAAGAAGGUCCCAGAACAGCCCCCUGUGCUGGCCCAGCUGGAUUCCCAGCACUUAUGACCCCUCAAGUGACCCCAGCCCUCAAGUUCCCACAGACAGCGAUGGAGGCUGGAUGAAGUGUCCUUGCAGCCUCUCCAGAGGCCAGAGCCCGCACGGCCUCCUGGGGAGGAGG